CAAACUGUGGAAGCAUCCCCACUCUCCAGCGUGGAGCCCUUAUCGUGUUCCUCCUUCCGUUUUGGCCCUUUGCUCCCUCGGCGAGGGCGGCGGCGCGGCCACCGAUCAACGCAUUGCCUAUACCUACUUCCUCCCCGGCUUCCCUACUCGUCUCAGAUUCCCACACCAUCUGCCUCGAACCCUCCCAGCGCAACACGCUCCCCUGGGCAUCCUCCCACGGUCCCGCCGAAGCACAGCAGCUCGAAGUAGGUCUUCCCCCUCUGCUGGACUGGCGGUGGGUGAGGAACUGAGUUUGUCCCGAAUUUGCUUGCUGCACGGUGGAGUAUUGAUAGCAACUCUUUUUCCCGGAAAACGACCUUGGUUCAAUGUUAAUGCCCGCCUCUGGUGCUGUGUAAUGUGUUCUCCAGCUCUGGGUACUUUGAAUGAACUAAUUUGGAUCAUUUGUUAAUCCAGAAAAGGGACUGAUUAUUAUAUCCUAAGUUCAUAACGGGAUUGUUCAAAGGGCGUGAAUUGGAUAAACAGCUGGGCAUUUAGUCCAGUACCGAGGAUUCAAAACAGUGGUAUUCUGCUCGUCACCUUUUCUUGCGGUGCCAUGGAAGCUGUGCAUGGUAUAGAGUCACUGGCUGCUGGAGAUGACCGGCAUCAUCUUUCUCGUACCCUUGGACCUGCGCUGCUGAUUUCUGUAGGGUAUAUCGAUCUUGGGAAGUGGGUGGCGACGCUCGAUGCGGGGGCUCGGUUUGGGUAUGAUCUCGUGCUACUGGUGCUGCUUUUCAAUUUCUCGGCCGUUCUAUAUCAGUAUAUGUCCAUUUGUAUCGGCAUGUUCACCGCCAAGAAUCUCGCAGAGAUCUGCCGCCAGGAGUACAGUCAGUUUAUAUGUGUCGGUCUCGGUCUCCAGGCAGGAUUGUCUCUAUUUACUUCAGAACUAACCAUGAUUUCAGGGAUAGCAGUUGGAUUCAACCUUCUAUUUGAACACGAUGAUCUUAUCACUGGCAUUAUUUUUGCAUGUGUUGUAGUUAAUCUGCUACCAUAUAUUCUUUCCCCUCGGGACAAGAGGAUGGCUGGAACGUUAAAUGCCUGCAUAGCAGGCUUUACGAUUCUUUGUUUUGUGCUUGGUUUACUAAUCAGUCAACCAGAAAUUCCUCUCCAUGUGAAUGUGAUGUUCCCCAAGUUGAGUGGUGAAAGUGCUUACUCACUCAUGGCACUUAUGGGUGCAAACAUAAUAGUGCAAAAUUUCUAUAUUCAUUCCUCAGUUGUUCAGGUUCAGAGAAGAUCUCAUGUUCUAACCCUUGGCACCAUGUUUCAAGACCACCUUUUUUCUAUAUUGUUUAUCUUUACUGGGGUUUUUCUUGUGAACUAUGUUCUGAUGAGUUCAGCAUCUGUUCAAUCUAGUAACAAUACUAUCCUCACAUUUCACGAUGCUGUAGAGCUAAUGAAUCAGAUAUUUACGAGUCCCAUGGCACCACUUGUGUUGUUAGCGGUUCUUCUCUUCUCAAGCCAUAUCAUUUCAUUGACAUCAGUUAUUGCUAGCCAUGUAGUUACACAGAAUUUCUUUGGUGCAAACAUGUCUCUUUCUGCACAUCAUGUGCUACUUAAGGUUCUUGCCAUGAUUCCUACCAUCUAUUGUGCAAAAGUAGCAGGCUCCGAAGGGAUAUAUCAGUUACUCAUUCUAUCCCCAGUAAUCCAGGCUACGAUCCUUCCUUCAUCUGUUAUUCCUGUUUUCCGUAUUGCCUCGUCAAGGCCAAUAAUGGGCAACUACAGGAUAUCUUUAUAUGUUGAGAUAUUAGCCUUCCUUGCGUUUCUUCUUAUGUUGUUUACAAAUAUCAUUUUCGUGGCGGAAAUUCUGUUCGGUGAUAGCACCUGGACAAACAACCUGAAAGGGAACACUGAAAGCCCCGUGGUAAUCCCACAUACUGUUAUAGUGCUAAUGUCUUGUGCAUCUAUUGCUUUUACACUCUUCCUGGCUGUUACUCCACUAAAGUCAGCAAGUAGUGAAGCUGAAACUCAGGAGUUGUCUGAGCACUCUCAGAGAGGAGCAUUUGCCACUACACAUCAUGAAGAAGAUACUUCUCUGGAAUAUGUUGCACAUGAAGAAAUUCAGAGGUAUUCUAUUGAUGCUAUUCCAAGGAAUUCAGCUUUGGAACAUGCUAAUAGUUCUGAAUCCACUGCAGAAUCUGAUCAUGAAACUCAACAAUCAGCAGCUUAUUCAGCGGCUGUUCCUGAAGAUCAUCCCUCAGCGUCUGGCAACUGGGAGGAGAUAAAAUCAGUUGCUACGGUUGACCUUUCAGAGUCAAUGCCAAAGGUCUCUACUGCUACUGUAGCAGAACAAAGUACAGCAGAGAACAGAAAAAUGAACCGCACAACAAAAAAGGAUGUUGAAAAAGAAUCAGAUGUUUGCACAGACAAGGAUAACGAGACUUCACAUAAUCUGAAAUUCGGGAAGCCCGCUGGAGGCAAGUUGUCUUCCUUAUCUUCUGAUGAUCCGCCAUCACUUACUAUGAGCAGGGAUGAGGAUACUGAUUCUGGCACUGGCAGCGGUAGCCUCCCAAGGUUGCCUGGUUUGGGCCGUGCUGCAAGGAGACAGUUAGCAGCAAUUCUUGAUGAGUUCUGGGGGCAUCUUUUUGAUUAUCACGGUAAGCUUACGCAAGAAGCUAAUGCUGAACGAUUUAACUUAUUGCUUGGACUGGACUUAAGAACAGAUAUUUCAGCUGUGAGAAUGGAUAGCCAAAACAUUGAAGCUUCCAAGAGCCCUUUCAUGAAAGAUGCAGUGCGAGGAUCACGAACCUCAUGGGACUCGGUAUCCCGUAAUAAGGAAAUCUCCAGUCCAGACUUGACUUUUGGCCUUCAGAUGGGUGCCUUGGGGUCAUCAACCUGGUCUCAGAGCAUGCAUUUACCAAGCAAAGACAGUCCGAGUUCAAGGAGCACAUUUCGUGACAAAAUUUCAAAACUUCACUCGAAUUUUCAUGUGCACUCUGUUGACCAGUUCCGUCAGCCUGCUACCAUUCAUGGGUAUCAGCUAGCAAACUACCUAAAAGGCAUAAAUGCAAGGCGAAGUCCACUUUCCAGCAUUCCACUGGACCCACGGCGACCUCCUAUAUCUUCUGAAUCAGCUGGUGUUAACUAUGCUGACUCUGGUAUGCGUGCUCGUCGCCGAAAUGUGCUUGGUUCAUUUGGUUCUACCUAUAUGGAAAGCCCAACAAUGAAUCGCUUAAGUACAAUGACAAUAGAAAGAUCCUAUUACAGUCCUACUGCCACUGAUGGGAGUGAAACUGGCGUCUCAUCUGCUUGCUCAAAGAAGUACCACAGUUCACCCGACAUAUCUGCUAUAAUUGCUGCCAACAGAAAUUCGCUGUUGACCAAAGCAAAUUUGGGCAGUGCUCCUGGAGAUCAGUCACGUAGGCUGGCAUCUCAAAGAUCACACUAUGUGGACACAGCGGCCAUGUUCCAGAGAGAUGUCCUCUCUAUGCAGUCAAGUAUGAUAACCAAUGCACACCCAACAUCACUUUGGUCCCAACAACCAUUUGAACAACUAUUCAGUGCGCCAAGUGUAGAGUUGAAUAGGGGUAAGGUGAACACUGAGCAGAGAUCAGGUGGCAUCAAGGAUGAUUUCUCUUACACAGAAUCUGAAGCAAAGCUUCUCCAAUCUCUCAGAUUUUGCAUCAUGAAGCUCCUGAAACUGGAAGGUUCAGGAUGGCUCUUUAGGCAGAAUGGUGGUUGUGAUGAAAAUCUAAUUGACCAAGUUGCUGCAGCUGUGAGAGUUUCGCAAGAAACCACAGAUGACAGGGAUGCUAAUUGCAUGCACGGACUGCUCAACUGUGGUGGUAAUUGUGUUUGGCAGGCUUCCCUAGUUAUUAGUUUUGGUGUCUGGUGUGUCCGUCGGGUGCUGGACCUGUCCCUUGUGGAAAGCAGGCCAGAACUUUGGGGCAAGUAUACCUACGUUCUCAACCGUCUUCAGGGGAUCCUCAAUUCUGCAUUUUACAAGCUACGGAAACCCGUGGCCAGGUGCUCAUGCCUUGAGAAAGCAUGUCUGGUUGUCAAGCCCAUAUCUGGCACCUUCACCACUGCAGCUGUGAUCUUGGAGGUGAUCGAAGAUGUGGAGCAAGCCGUUUCUGGCCGUAAGGGUCGAAGCGGUACAGUAGCAGGAGAUGUUGCUUUUCCUAAAGGGAAGGAAAACCUUGCUUCUGUGCUUAAGCGAUACAAGCGUAGGCUCUCCAGCAAGCAGCCUGCUAGAAAAUAGCUCUCACUGAGAGUAUUAUUACUAUUGUUGGGUUGUUGGCACUGUUCUAGGUGGUGUUACUUGCAGCUUCUCGUAUCUGGGGUUUUUCUGCUGCUUCUCGCACCUUGGGUUUUUCUGCUGCCUGGAAGCUCAUUGGCCUUCGUUCCCAUGUCGUUCUGCGUGUGAGGUUCUACAAUGCAGUUGUGAUGUGUGAGGUUCUACAAUGCAGUUGUGAUGUUUUACGAGGGCAAGGAUGAACGGUCACUGUGGUCGGUUCCUCCGGAGCGAGAUAUGUACAAAAAAGAUGUUGUACUUUGUUGAAGCGGCAGUGUAAAAUUAACUGUGCCUCAAGAUCCUCGUUUGGCAGCAAUAUGGUAGCGUUUGUGGCUGAAUAAUGACCUCCAGUGUUGCCAUCUGUUCGGCUAGAACUUACUGAAUAUUCAGGAAGUUUUAGCCCUGACGUGACGUGUUGAUUUCUGACCCCUUAUGUGUAUGCAGUCUUGGCAUGAUAUUUCGAUGGUUAGGAGGGAACCUUAAUGUUUCUGUUUCCGGUAACAUUCUAACUUCCAAGCUAUGUUUUCUCCUGUUUUGCA